ACAAAACAUAACACCGCGUUUAAUUUCAUCCUCACUUUAAUUUUUAAUCAAAAUUAUAUUAUGGCUACAGUGUUUCUACUCUUUGACAGAGCACGUUCACCGAUCAGAAACAGACCAACAGAACAGACCAUUAUUCAGGGAUGGAAUCAGGAGAUUCUCUGUCACGGUGGCUGAACUCUGAUGUCUUCAUCGUGUUUGUGGUGUUGCUGUUGCUCCUCCUGCUGGUCAUCUUUGCUGUCUGUUGGCUCAUAAGACGACAUCACACACAGAGACCCACAGAGAAAAUGGCCGAAAUAGAGAUUAUUCCAGUUGAUGGCACACACGUGGGGAACCCACCCAGAUUUACUCUGAAGAUUGUGACUGAGCAGACACAUGCAACAGAGCUUGUAGAGAUGUUAACUCGUAGAGGUUGCUCUAUUGAGCUUCCAGACCGCCAUAACCCCUCUGUCUCUGCUGUUACAGAUGAUGGCAACGAUCAAGAUUACACAGAUGCAUUACAGAUUAUAUAAAUCUUUUUGUAGAUUAGGAUUUUUCAUCACAAUAUUUAGUUUACUUCAAUUACUUAAAUUAGAAAUAAUUGUACACA